CUUUUGGUAGCGUCCGGUUUUCCGGCUUUCCCAAAUUGAUGACGUCAAACUUCCGGGUUGGUUGGUUUCUGAUUCGUACGUGUUUCGCCGGAAAAUUUGUGUGGUUUAGGACAGGUUUUUAUCGUUUUUCUCCGCGUCUCGGGAAUCCAAAUCUUCAGAAAUGAGACGGGCAGCAGCUGGUGAAGGGUAUGGCCAGGCCACACAUCAGAUGUAUGAAGACGAGAACGAACAUCUGGUGGAUGGACUCAAGGACAAAGUCUCUGCCCUGAAAUCGUUGUCAAUUGACAUUGGAAAUGAAGUCCGAGAGCAAAACAAGAUGCUGAAUUUGAUGGACAGUGACUUUGACUCGUCAGGUGGUCUGCUUGGAGCCACCAUGGGGCGGCUACAGAGGAUGGCGAGGGCGGGACACAACAAGAUCUGGCUCUACAUGUUCUUCUUCGUUCUCUUUGUCUUCUUUGUCACAUACAUGGUCCUGAAGUUUCAAAGAUGAAGAUACUUUUCAUCCCUUCUCAGAAAAAUAUAUCUACAAUAAUGAUAUAGUGAUUUUGUAAGAAAAGGUAAGGUACUGUGUUUGUGAUCACAAAUUGUACAGUAAAAUAUUUACAGUAUCAAAAUGGUAUUAUAUGUUAUGAUCAAUAGUAAAAUAAAGUCUUAUUUUUAAGAAAUUAGGCUCAAUAUUGACAUGUAGUUGCAUACUAGUUGAAGUUCAAAACCUUUGUUGUUCAAAGCUAUGAUAGUACAUGUAAAUGUAACAUGCCAAAUUUCAAUUUUAGAAAUAUUUGAAAGUUUUUCAAUUAUUGUACAAAUUUGAAGAAAAUUGAAGGCUUCAGCAUGUGAUGUUUGGAAGAAAAAUGAAAAUUUUGCAAAGAACAGCUCCAUGAAUUAAGGUAUACAAAGCAUAUCUCACAGAAAAUAAUUGUGCCUUAUAUAGUGUAAGAGCAUUACUGGUAAGUGUCCAGGUACAUUCAUCUUACAAUCAUUGUGCAAUGGGAAACAGGGCAUACCUAAUACAGUCUGUAGUAAGAUGGCUGUUCAUACUUCAUGUUGUGCAAAAGUCAGCUGUCCUGUUAAGGAAAAAAUCCUGCCAUAAUCCAUGUUGGCCAUUGCUUCUGUGUGAAAAUUCUGCAUUAUCAAAAUUGUCCAACAGAUUACAAAAAGUGUGGCUGCCAGAGAUGUACAUGUAUAGAUAAUAAGUGAAACAUGUCAACAAGGUAUAGGUUAAAAUAAACUAGCCCAGUUGAUGAUGGUCCCAUAUAUUUAAAUAAAUGUUGUUCUACUACACAUUAAAAGUUCCUAAAUGUGUUUUCGUCUGCUAUGUUUGUAAGUGUUAUGGUUGUAGGAUGGAUUAAACUGUAGAAGACUGUUUAAAGAUGUAUAGAAAGGAAAAACACAUCAGAAUGUUUCACUAACACUGUGUUAUCAUCUGUAAUAUGGUUGAUAUGGCAUCUUAUUUGUUAUUCCUAUUGGAGUAAGUUAAUGGACUAUCUGUAUCAAAAUUUCUGUUCAACUCAUCCACAGCAAUUGAUAGCUUUUGCUUUUCAACAGACCUUACUCAGGGUCAUUGACAGUGGAUGCCAUCUGAAA